AUGGGAAACGAUUCUGCCAUGUUGCCUGCUGGUAUAAAUACCUACCCAUUUCAAUUUCAACUGCCUGGAAACCUACCAUCUUCUUUUGAGGGUCAAUAUGGAUAUGUACGUUACUGGUUGAAGUCAACAAUUGACCAGCCUUGGAAAUUUGAUCAUACAACUAAAACAGCUUUUACUGUCAUCUGUCUUCUAGAUUUAAACAGAGAACCAACGGCAUCUGAACCUAGACAAGGUCAUGAUGAGAAGACUCUAUGUUGUUGGUGUUGUAAAUCUGGACCAAUAUCUGCUGUAUUUAGAAUAGACAGAGGUGGUUAUGUUCCAGGGGAAGCAAUCACCUUAAAUGUUGAAAUCAACAACUCAUCUAAUCGAAAGGUCAAUGGUUCAUCUGUCAAUUUUAAAAUGGUAACAAAAUACCAUGCCAGAUGUAAAACAAAGACUCAGAGUAGAAGUUUAGCAAAGAUUAAACAUGGAGAAUUUAAACAAGGUGAAAAUGAUAUUUGGAGUGGUGAACGACUAAUUAUACCUCCUGUUCCUCCCUCCUUUCUCACUGGUUGUCGUAUUAUAGAUAUACAUUAUUAUCUGGAGUUGAAGGUAGAUCCUUCUGGACCAGCGUUUGAUCUGUGUAUACCUUUUGAAAUCAUUAUUGGUACAAUACCACUACAACAUAUUGUGCAGCAGUUUCCUCCAAUACCUCCUCCUCAAACCUACCCUCCUGUACCUGCUUAUGGUGGGGCAACACCUUCAGAUCCUGUAAAUCCAGCUCCUAUAGGACCACCACCAUCCUAUGCUGAUUGUGUUUUUGGUAAAGUUAAUAUCAAGGAACAGAAUGAUGAUGACUACACCAAAGGAAAUAUGGACUUUGCACCUCAAUAUACCUACUACAACUGGGGACACACACCAUCUGCCCCUCCCCCUCCAGAAGAAGAAGUAGAGUAA